ACGUUGGCAGCUCAGCGAUCCUUGAAAACCACGUGGCGCCUUUUGCGCCUGCGCGGCGCGUGUGACGCAACAGUGCCGGCGCGUUUCGACGUCAUCUCUGGGCGCCGCAUGGCUCUCUGCCCGCCAGGCUUCCUUGGCCAAGAUGGCGGCGGUCGCAUCCUGGGGCUGCCGGAAAUAUCUCUUAAAUGCGUGGCUUGUAUCCCGACAAUGCUCCGGCCCUGUGCAGCACCCCGCCUGCGUGUGCCGAACGGGCAGAACGGCGUUAGAAUUUUACCAGUCCAGAUGUUCUUCCUCGGGCCAUCGGAAAGGUUUCAUCUCUGGCUUUGUGGAGAACAUCAAGCAGGAACUGGCCAAGAACAAGGAGAUGAAGGAGAGCAUCCAGAAAUUCCGAGACGAAGCCAAGAAAUUGGAAGAAUCGGACGCCCUUCAGGAAGCGAGGCGGAAAUACAAAACCAUCGAGUCCGAAACCGUCAAGACCUCGGAAGUGCUUAAGAAGAAGCUAGGAGAACUCAGUGGCUCCGUCAAAGAGAGCAUAGAUGAAGUCAGCAAGAGCGAGAUUGGCCGGAAGAUCAUGGAAGGCAUGGAGGAAGCGGCCAAAACGGCGAAGCAGUCGGCGGAAACAGUCUCCAAAGGAGGAGAAAAGCUGGGCCGGACUGCAGCAUUCAAGGCCAUUUCGCAGGGCAUGGAGAGCGUCCGGAAGGAGAUUGACGAGAGCGUGCUGGGCCAGACGGGCCCUUACAGGCGUCCGGAGAGACUCCGGAAAAGGACCGAAUUUGCCGGCGAAAGGCUGAAAGACGAGCGGAUAUUCGAAGCCAAUGAACAAGCGAUGGGCAUGGUCCUACACAAAGACUCCAAGUGGUACCAGCAGUGGAAGGAGUUCAAGGACAACAACGUGGUUUUCAACCGUUUUUUUGAAAUGAAGAUGAAAUACGACGAGAGUGACAACACCCUCAUCCGUGCCUCGCGCGUCAUGACGGACAAAGUGACCGGCUUCAUAGGCGGGCUCUUCUCCAAGACAGAGAUGUCCGAGGUCCUGACGGAGAUCCUGCGUGUUGACCCCAACUUCGACAAGGACCACUUCCUCAAGCAGUGUCAGAACGACAUCAUCCCCAACGUUCUGGAGGCUAUGAUCUCCGGAGAUCUGGAUAUCCUGAAGGACUGGUGCUACGAAGCGACCUACAGCCAGCUGGCCCACCCCAUCCAGCAGGCCAGAGCGAUGGGGCUCCAGUUCCACUCCAAAAUCCUGGAUGUGGACAAUGUGGAUCUGGCGAUGGGGAAGAUGAUGGAGCAGGGCCCCGUGCUGAUCAUCACCUUCCAGGCUCAGCUGGUGAUGGUGGUUAAGAACCAGAAAGGAGAGGUGGUGGAAGGAGAUCCGGAGAAAGUCCUGCGGAUGUUGUACGUCUGGGCCCUCUGCAGGGACCCCGAAGAGCUGAACCCCUAUGCUGCCUGGCGGCUUCUGGACAUUUCUGCCUCCAGCACCGAGCAGAUCCUAUGAGUUGGCCCUGGGGGGGCUCGGCAGCGAUCCUGCAGAGGGUCCCCCCCCCCUCUUUCCUGCGCAGAGUCCAGCACGAGGGACUUCGUGGUGCAGCAGGGCUGGACCGGGGCGCUGGCUCGGAUGUGGAUGCUGGGAGACCCUCCCCCCUGGACUCUGUUUUCCUGGUCUUCAGACUCAGAGCUUGCCAGCAUCCGAGCACGAUGCGGAGCAACGCUGAUCCUCCUGCCCUCACGGACUUCUGGCGCCGGCCUGCGCUUUGCCAAAGUUGUGCCUGUUCCGAAAACUCGCUGCUCUCCCGUCUCGCGUCGAAGAGGCUUCUGGAACGGUCGUUUCCUUGCAGCUGAGUCGAGAGGCUGAGCCGGACCCCAGCGGGGCGGCCUUGGGGCGGGGGUGGGGUGGGGGACAACCUACCCACACGCGGGAGAGGAAGGCAGGAGGGUCUCUCGGUGUGGAAGGCUGGCAGGAGGGGGGUCUUCCUCCCAGGAGCUACUUUCUCAUAGAGUGGAACCUAGGGGUCUUCGGUACCCCUCCCCUCUUUCCGCAGCCCUGGCAGGAUUUGGACUUGGCUUAGCGCCCUUGGUGGGGGGCCAGGGGGGGUAGUGGCCUCCUGCCCAUAAGAGUCUUCUACCCCUCCCCUCUGUAAAUUAAAAAAAAAUGCAGCCCA